GCGCUGCCUGUUUAUGCGUGUGCUCGGUCGGGGAUGGCUAGCGCUGUUAGCUGGCUAGUUAGCCGAUACAAACACAGCCAAGCAGUCUGCUACAAGGCCGUCAUUUCAAGCCAGCAACCAUAAGAGAAGUGUUUAUAUGAAACGUUAAUGGCGCUGUCAUUUUUUUCUGCCGUUUUAACCGUGUGUGCCUUCACGUUGACAUGUAUCCCGGCUGAAUGGCAUCAUGACAGCCAGCCGUUCAGACGAACCGUUAGCUACCGUUGGCUUAGCUCAACUGUCAGUCGUUGCUAUGGAGUCCGGGGGGAGAUUUAGGGGCCAAGAGGAAGAAGAAGAAGCAGAAGAGGAAGAAAGAAAAGCCAAGCUCGGGGGGAGCCAAGUCUGACUCUGCCUCUGAUUCUCAGGAGAUCAAGAAUCCUGGCUUGCCCAUUCAGAAACUUCAGGACAUCCAAAGAGCCAUGGAGCUGCUGUCCUGCCAGGGUCCAGCAAAGAGCAUUGACGAGGCAGCCAAGCACAAGUACCAGUUCUGGGACACACAGCCAGUGCCCAAGUUAAAUGAGGUGGUGACGAGUCACGGGCCAAUUGAAGCUGACAAAGAGAAUAUCAGACAGGAGCCAUAUUCCUUACCUCAAGGCUUCAUGUGGGACACUCUGGAUCUCAGCAAUGCAGAUGUACUGAAGGAGCUGUACACAUUAUUAAAUGAGAACUAUGUGGAGGACGACGAUAACAUGUUCAGAUUUGAUUAUUCGCCAAGCUUUCUCAAAUGGGCUCUACGUCCACCUGGCUGGUUACCUCAGUGGCAUUGCGGAGUGAGAGUGUCCUCAAAUAAGAAGCUUGUUGGCUUCAUCAGUGCCAUCCCUGCAGAUAUACGCAUUUAUGACACGCUGAAGAGGAUGGUUGAAAUCAACUUCCUGUGUGUCCAUAAGAAGCUGCGUUCAAAGCGUGUUGCUCCAGUGCUAAUCAGAGAGAUCACACGGCGAGUGAACUUAGAAGGAAUAUUUCAGGCAGUGUACACAGCAGGAGUUGUACUGCCUAAACCUGUGUCCACAUGCAGGUAUUGGCAUCGUUCUCUGAACCCCAGAAAGCUUGUGGAAGUUAAAUUCUCCCACCUGAGCAGAAACAUGACCCUGCAAAGAACCAUGAAACUCUACAGACUACCAGAUAGCAUCAAGACCCCAGGUCUGCGGCCGAUGGAGAGGCGCGACAUCCGCCAGGUCACUGAGCUGCUACAGAAAUACCUGAGACGUUUCCAGCUCGCACCGUCUAUGGGAGAAGAGGAGGUGGCUCACUGGUUCCUGCCACAGGAAAACAUAAUUGACACAUAUGUAGUCGAGGGUGCUGGUGGCGUUCUGACAGAUUUCACUAGUUUCUACACUCUGCCCUCUACUGUGAUGCAUCACCCUCUCCAUAGGAGCCUGAAGGCUGCGUACUCUUUUUACAACGUUCAUACACAAACCCCACUACUGGAUUUAAUGAAUGAUGCACUGAUCCUGGCCAAACUGAAAGGUUUUGAUGUGUUCAACGCAUUGGAUCUAAUGGAGAAUAAGGUGUUUCUGGAGAAGCUCAAGUUUGGCAUAGGAGAUGGAAAUCUGCAGUAUUACCUCUACAACUGGAGAUGUCCCCCUAUGGACCCUGAUAAGGUUGGCCUCGUCCUUCAGUAGCGAGUCUCUUCACGGCUGCUACACACACACUGAUCAAGAGGUCGUCAGCGACCUCUCGCUGUUCCUUACCUGGACACACAGGUAGCCCAAGCUAGACAAUGAGAACUACCACAGUUAAACCAACCUGGUGACCGGGAAGCUCGCCUCACUCGAAGCGGCUCCCCCCGGCACUUGUGUCAUCAAGAACAUUCUCAGUUCACCUGGAGGUGAAAACUCUUUAAAAAAAAAAAUCAUCAACAUCCUGAAUGUGAAGUCAUGCUAUGCCUGAGAUACUCCUACAGUACAACGCUCCUGACAUGCUCACUCACAUUUAAAACACACCAGUUUGACAUACAAGAGGAUGCCUUGACAUUGUGAGUUUUGUUUAGUUCUUCUUCCUCGUUACAAGGGACUGGCAUGUCAUUUCAUUUCACUGACAUGGAUCUAUGUAUGAUAAUCAAUAAGUAAAUAUGACCGGAUACAAUUGGCAACUUUUCAGAUUUCCUGUCCAAAUGAUUAUUAUUGUAUCCCCACUGCAGAGGCAGUUGAAGAAUAAUUAUUUAUAUCCCUUCUCAUAUCAUUUCUGUGAUCAGAAGUUUCUCUGCUUUGAUAUUCGGUCUCAGUGAAAUUAGAAAUGUUAAGAGGAUGUUUCUUGGAUAUAAAGAAAGAAACAUUUUUUUCCUCAAGCAUUCUGGAGAAAAAUAUCUUUUAAAAGUCAAACUAUAAACACGUACACACACAUACAAACGCUGUCAAAUAACAUUACACACAAAAAGGAUAUCUUCAUGGAAGGACUCAUCCAACUGGUGCAUUGAUAUACAUGUUUUUGUUAAAAGUAUAUAGUUACCUGUACAUUUAAAAGCCAGAUCAUAUUUAUUCCAGUAGUGUGAGUUUGGGGUUUUGGGAGGGCUGAUCCAAAGUAUUUUCCUCAUAAGUAGUGUAGAUUUCACCGAGUUCGUACAGACAAUGUUGGUUCAAGUGGUUUUUGAUGAAGAAUGUAUUUGCAUCAAUGAAGCACAAUUUUUUUUGAGUUCCUAAACAAGCGAAACGUUUCCUUUAUAGGUCAGUUUGAAGCCCAGAUUUCAAAUCAGAUGGGUUGCGGUACGUACAGUAUAACCUUGGAUUUUAUAAAGAAAGUGAGCUGUUGUCACGUUAUAAACCUGUUUCUGGAGCGGAUAUUUUUAACAUAACAUUCAAACCACAUGUUUGGUUGUAGUAACUGUUGUUCUCAUGUGCAGCUUUAUAAUAUACAGUCAAUGGUUACUUGCAUGUUAAUGGUGUCCUGUCUAGUUAGCAAGGCUGUUAAAUUAGAGGCAAAAAAGUGGCUAAAUAAAGUAAGAAUGACGUGCUCUGUUCACAAACAAUACACAAAACACAAAAAAUAUGAAUUAAACAGUAGCCAGGCUGGAUUUGAUUUCAGUUUUGUACUAAAAGGUUUUCCAACUGGUCUGUGUUUUUUGUCUAGAGAUAGUUUUAUAGCGUAAAAACGGCUUGCUUGCUUUGAAAGACGACACGGUCUCAGUUGCUUCCCCAUUAUUACAGCAGCCAAGGUCAGUUUUCUUUUGUUAAUUUAGUCAUCGUCACUCAGACUCACCUGCAGGAAAGCUAUCAGUUACUACUUUCAGUAGCCUUUUGCAAAGUUGAGAAUAAGCUGCCCCAGUAAAGCUGCAGAAGUACAACACUGGUCGAAAGCAUUUCUUUUUACAAAUCCAUAGGUAACCCUCUAUCAUCUCCUCUGCAGUAGGAUGUGAAAUGUGUCUCAGUUAAAUAAAAUCGUGCAAAGAGAACUGAGAACAACAUUCGAAGGGUCUGGGGGAUUAUAUCACAGCAUGUAUUCGGGAUACAGCGGCUGAAUAAACAAAAACCUGUAUCAGUAACUGCAUCAAUUUGAAAUGUGAGCUUUUUCUUUUUGUUUCAGGUCAAUUUUAUUGACUUCUCUGGAUUUUGUUCCUAAUGGUACUGUAUUUGUGUGUCUGAAAAAUAUACUGUAGGUCAUUUUUUUUAGUGUGUUUUGCAGCUAAAUGCGUGAAACGGUUCUGAUAUUUAUUACUGUACUUUUCAAUAUGUCUUAAGACAAAAGUCUUGUUUCUUUCCAGUAUCCCCCCUACCCCCCCCCUCACACACAAAAUUCCAAUUAAAUAGGGAACUUUAAAUAUAAUAUCUAAGGGUUUGGAAUAUUUGGCCAUCAUUGAUGAAAAACUUGUUUAAUGGUGGAGCUGCUGGUGUACGCAGAAGGUUAGAAAAUCUUUUUUAAAUCGUCUUUUUGAUCUGACUUUGUUUGAUGUUCCUGUUUAUGUGGCUCUGCAUAACUUAAGAGGUAAAGGCUGCUGUCAUUUUUGUCAAUUUCUUCUGUAUGUGAUGUAAUUUUCUUCUCAUCCCUUUAUAGAUUAGCAAAGAAAUACUUCAGUCAGUGGUUCGGAGAGAUUUUUUUUCUUAUCAUUGAUUGGUUGAAUGGGCUACAUUCACAAAGACGGACGGCAUUAAUUUAACACUGAAAAUGGGUUUGUGACUCAGCGGUGUGCCUCAUGGAUGUUGGUUGUGUCACAGAUGUGUUGCCUGCAGCUGUUUGAAUGAAUUUUGAGCAUGUCUGUUUUGCUGCCGUGAUGAUUUUUUAGCAUUGAUGUUACUAGCCACACCCUUUAGUGAGAACUCAACCCGAAGUACCUGCCUUAUUUAAAAAAAAAAAAAGAAGAAAUGUUUUGUUUUGCUUUUUUUUUUAUUUUUUUUAUUGGGUUUUGGGGUGGGGGGGAUGUACUUUUGAAAUGACAUACAGCUUUCUCUAACUGAAGAACAAUAUUUUUAUUCAAAUCCAUUGUAAGCUGUGAAAAAGCUGAAGAACUUGUACCAGCAUCAUUUAGACAUGACCCCAUGCAAAUAACAAUCUGUUUCAACACACGUCAGCUAUACCAGCAUGGAUAUUUGAUUGAAUAAACUCACUUUAAAAAGGAA